CUGGUGCCGGAAGGCCAAUUCCUGUUUGGUCCGUCGAGGACUCCGCCGUCCGCGAGAAGCGGAGCUCAGUUGCUGCGCCGUCGCUGAGCGGCUGUCGGUGCCGUGUGGAGCGCGCGCUCUGUGUGGCGUCAUGCUGCAGCUGGACGACGCCGUGGAGCCCGAGAGCCCCGGAGCGGCGGUGCUGCACGCCGAGCCCGGAGAGGACGGCCUGGAGGUGGCGUUCACCCCGCCGGGGGCCGCCGGGAGCGGGUCUGGGGGCGGCCGCGGGUUCGGCUCGGCGGUGGCCUGCUGUUCCCCGCUGCAGACGCUGACGCCGUUCCACGUGCACAACCCGACCGUGCAGGGCCGCGUGAAGGACUACUUCGUCUUCAGGCCCGGGACCAUCGAGCAGGCGGUGAACGACAUCAGGACGGUGGCACUGCCCUCAGAGGAUGGGGAGGUCCUGAGUGUGUGGCUGCUGGCCGAGAUCGACCACUGGAACAAUGAGAAGGAGCGACUGGUGCUCAUCACUGAUCGGUCGCUGCUCGUGUGCAAGUACGACUUCAUCAACCUGCGCUGUCAGCAGGUGACCAGGAUCUCCCUGAACGCCGUCGACACCAUCUCCGUGGGCGAGUUCGAGUUUCCGCCCAAGUCUCUAAACAAGAGGGAGGGCUACGGCAUCCGGGUGCAGUGGGACAAACGGCCGAGGGCUUCCUUCAUGAAUCGCUGGAACCCCUGGUCCACGGACUUGCCCUACACCACCUUCAGCGAACACCCCAUGGCACACGCUGAUGAGAAGGUGGUCUCACUCUGCCAGUUGGAGAGCUUCAAGCAGCAGCUGAUCCAGGCCGUGAAGAAAGCCCACAAGGAGAACCCGCUGGCUGGGCGUGCCAAUGGUGUGCUCAUCCUGGAGAGACCCCUGCUCAUCGAGACGUACCUGGGCAUCAUGUCUUUCAUCAACAACGAGGCCAAGCUGGGCUACUCCAUGACGCGGGGCAGGAUCGGCUUCUAAUUCCGCCGCCACUGUUGCUAUGGACACUGCAGCGCGAUCUCCAUGCGUCCCUGUGUUGUUGUUGCCUUCUGCCUUCACUCCUCCUGCCAUGAGGGGGUGCACUGUGGCUGUGUGAUGCACGAGAGGGGCCCGAUGCCUCUGUCCCCUGCGCAUCCUGCUGUACAUAGUCUGCAGCCUUUUGUUUUGUUGUGUGGCAGUCCUCAUGCUGCUGAGCGUCAGCUGUUACCCAGCAUGCCUCUGUGACGUGGACCAAUCGCGUCGCUCCUCUCGGCUGAAUCGAGCCACGCAGCUGUGCCUGUUUUUGUGAAAGGGAAGAAUUGCGCACACAGCGCCUGCUAGUGGUGGUGUGCCACACACCCACUAGAAACCUGUAAGGAUGGCACACCACGUUUUACUACAACUGGAGUAUGAUGUACAAAACAAGCCCUUCUUGGAGAGCACAUUGCUGUAUUUGUUUUUGGAGGCUGUUUUUGUCAGAAGGCCAAUUUUGUGUUUUAAACAUCAUUCCAAGGUAGCUCCUGCUUGUAUUUAAUAAAUGGUCAUUUUUAUUGGUGUAGUAAUCUCUAAAACACAUCUAAUGGCCUUGAUAGAAUUACUUUAGAGCAGCAGUCAAGAACAAACUUGCUCAGUGUGUAACAUAAUGCCUUACCAUGCGACUCUGCGCCUGUGGCCCAUCUUCCAAAUGGUGGGAUUUUGCUUUUUCUACAGUCUGAAUGUAAACCUGCAUGAUUGUUGCACGACAACUCCGCAUGCAUACAGAAUUGGUUUUGGCAUGUGCUCUGUCCAUGUUUUAGGUGUUAAGGCAAAACUUUCUCUUGCCAAAGAUUCAUACAGUUUCUGGUUCUUAAGGAGAUAAAGCACAGAAGUUAAGUCAUUGGGUGGUGAAAUUACUGCAAGACUUUUAAAGGCAGCGGUAGAGGCCUACUGCCCUUGUACCUUCGAGCAAGGUACUUACCCUCAGUUGCAGCAGUACAGUUACCUAGCUGUGUGAAUAGGUGAGUGCAGGGAGAGCAACAUUAAGUUACUUAUGGAAAGUAUCAGCUCACCAAAUGGAUGUUGAGUGAGUGUAGAGAUAGAGGACAAGGCCCUCCUGCAGGGCACCACCAUCUAGUUCUCCAAAAUUCUAAGAGAAUGAUGAACACACUGGAGCAGCUCACAUUCACUUGUUGCUGCAUUUCAGGCUGUUUGCACUAUGCUGACUGAAGGUUGCAGAUAAAUGUCAAAUCAUGUUCUAUUUGAAUCUACUUUAAAACCAGUGUUGGCAUCAUUGGAUGUUUGCCACUUUCUAAAAAGUGGCAAUCAUAUUCCCACCUGGCAGUGCAUGUUUACAGUACCACUGUGCUCUGCAUUAUUUCUUGUUUUAGAGAAAUAUUGGUCCAUGCUUUCAGUUGCAUGCACUAAACUGGAGUGGAAAGUGAUCUUUGUCUUUUCUCCCCAGAAAUUCUCAAGCAGUAACUUUAAAAUCGUGAACUGUACUGGUCACAUUUGCCAUAACAAAAUGUGGUUUACCCUACUAAACAGUAUUUUGAAUGUAUACCACCCCUGGGUGGUGGGAAACAACCUGCCACAGCUGUUACUAUGUUAAUGUGGACUAGCUGAGUUCAGUUCUAACCUUGUCUGUCAGUUGUUAGAUGAUUGUACAAGCGGUUUGGACCUCCUGCCGUGGUAGAAACAUUUUGCAGACAGUAUUCAACACUGAAUUUGUGAAUGCAGUGCCCUAAAUGACAAUAAAAUAAUUCUUACUGUUCCCUUUGUCUGAAAGGAAUCAUUUGGAGCAGAGUAACCAUACUUCAAGUGCUUUCUUUGCCACUUUCUGCACUA